CCUUGGUGACGGCAACAUCGGUCUUCGACUUUAUCAUCUCACCUGCUCCCUUGCUUACCUCUCACGCAAACGCAUAGAUACACAUUACAUAAUGAGCGAUUGGGACGCAGACUCGGACGAAGGCGCUCCUUCGGCGCCUGCGCCCAAGGUUGCUCCUCCCAAACCCGCAUUUGGACGACGAAAGUUCGAAGAUGAAGAUGUCGAGGAGGAGAUUCAGGUAUGUGUGCUCCGUACAUCUCAAGCAGCGAUGCACGAGAGAGCCUCACACCCUCUUCGUGCAACAGGACGACUGGGAGGAGGAAGAAGUGGCGCCGGCGAAGCCCGACGUGUCGCACCUGAACCCAAUCAAGAAGAAGACGUCGGUCAAGCAAAAGAUCAAGGAAAAGGAGGAGGAGGAGCGUCGACGCGCUGAGCUCGGUCUCGAUUCUGAAGAGGACGAGGACGAAGACGAAGACCCACUCGAGCGGAAAAGAAGGGAGAAGGAGGCGCAGAUCAAGGCUGACGUUGAGAAUGCUGCAAACCUCCUGGGAACGAGCAAGAUUUCUAAUGAUGAGAGCGUUGCCUCGCUCAGAUCAAUGAAACCAAGCAGCAAGGAGGACUGGGAGUCAUACGCCCAACAGCUUUGGAACCAGCUGCUGAAAUCUCAGAGCUCCCGGCCUGGAUUUGACAAGCACUUUGUCCCGGCGCUGUGCAACGUCGUCUCGGAGCCUUUGCGCGACGUCGACUGUAGGCUCAUGAGUUCGCGCUGGAGAGAGCUAGGCGAGAAGAAGGGAAAGGUCGAGAAGGAAAAGAAGGCGAGCGGGGGAAAGAAGAAGGCAGAAAAGCCAAAGCAAGUCGGAACGGCCAGUGCAAAGAACAACAUCGACACCAGGGCGUACGGCGACGAAGCCCUCGACGAUGGCGACGAUCUCGAUUUUAUGUAGAAUUUGUCCCCCCUCCCCCUUCUCUCCUUCGCUGUUCAGCGCCCUCACUUAGAGUCAGUCCCUCGGGAAUAAUGCAACGAGCAGCAAAGUCACCUUCAAUGUGCGCCUCUCUUUUCUUCAUGAGAAAGUGAGAGCUUCUCACAGUUACGUUACUUUCAAGUGACCGAGAGA